AUGCAAUUCUCCACCGUCGCUUUAUUCGCCACCAUCGCUGCCUUUGUUGCUGCUGAUGUCACUGAAACUGACUUAUCUACCACUUUAGUUACUUUAACUGAAUGUCCAGAAUCCGUCACUGAAUCUAACGUCACCCCACCAGCUAACGUUACCACUUACGAAGGUGCCGGUGUCAAGGUCCAAUUCGCUGCUGGUGCCGCUGCUUUAGCUGCUGGUGCUUUAUUAGCUUUAUAA